AUGGACCUGGCGCACAUGGCUAGAGUCGCAGCCAGCGCCGGCGGCAGCGCCAGCGCCAGCGGCAGAAGCUUCGCCACCGGCAUGAACAUCGCAAGCGUCGAGGAGCCGACCUCCGCGGCCGCGCCUUCGGCGGAACGGUCGCUCCUCGCCUUGCCCUCCUCCUUCCCGUCCCUCUCCGGUCUAGUGAGGGCGUCCGGCGGCGGCGGCGGCGGCGGCAGCAGCUCGCAGUACCAAGACGUCGCCACCGCCACGGCUAGCGACGUCCACGGGCGAGCGCCCGCCUACCGGGAUCAUCGAAGACGUUCUGCCUGGACGACGCAGUCUCAGUGGAGCUCCUACCCUGGGGCCGGGCCUCCGCUCAACGACCCCUGGCUGGAAGGCACCAGGUCUCGAGAUCGCGGCUUCUCGCUGGGUGGUGGCAGCGGCGGUGCGGAGGGCGGGCUCAUUGACGCAAACCCGUACCACCAGCAGCAGCAGCUCCAUUCGUCUUCCUCCCAGGCGAGGGCCAAACGAGUGAGUCAUCCCCCCGGUGGCGGCGGUGUCGACAGCCUCAUGGGCGUUGACGAGCUCCCGGUCUCCGCGCCGGGUCAAAGCGGCGCUGCCAGUGGCAGCGGCGGCUACCGCCAAAGCGCGCCGUCGUGGACGGUGCGACCACCGCCACCGCCGCCGCCUGCCGCCACUGCGAGCGGCGCCGGGAGGUACCAAGACCCGGCCUCGCUGCUGCCGCCGUCUCUGCCGUCGCUGCGGCCGGACCUGCAGGAAGGAGGGCGGUACUCCAGGGACGCGGCGUCGCCGUCCAGGUCCGCCGAGGGCGGCGGCGGGGCCGGUGCCGGUGCCGUCGGCAUCGGUUCCCCCCUUCGCGGGCGCGACGUGGCGUACUGGCAGCAGCGCGGGGACGCCGCCGCUGCCGCCACCGCCACUACCCUCCCUUUCGCCGCCGCACCCGCCGCCGAGGCCGCCGUCGCGAUGACCAGGCUAAGCCCACCGCCCGUGCCGGCGUCGGCCGGCUGGGACUUGGGAAGGGCGGCGAGCCGCGGAGACGCUCGGCCCCGUCAGCAGCUGGGGAGCGGCGGGGCCGCUGCAGGCCUCGCCGGAGGAGGGCGGCAGUGGCCACCGGUCGGAGGCGAGCGCCGGGGUUUCUACCACGACGACCAGUUCUCACGCGGCGGCGGCGGCGGCGGCGCCUCGGCAGCAGGGCAGAAGCAGCACCGCCACGACGAGUCCCCCCAGCAGCAGCAGGAGCGUCUGGCACGGCUGCGCUCUUCCUCCGCCGCUGGCGCUGGCGCUGGCGCUUCGUUCUUGUCGUCGUCGUCGCAGCCGCCGCUCUCUUUGGGUGGCGCCGCCAGCGCCGCCGGCGGGAGUGACCCUGGCCGGUACGGCGCGCCCUUGCGGCCGCUGCUCUCGGGCCUCCCGGACACGGACCGCUCGCCGUACCUCUACCUCCCGGGGCUAGCGGAGGUGGGGACAACGGCGGCGGGGCAGGUGCCGGCGGCGCGCGACGCUAAAGGCUUCGGACUCGGGAGCGGGGCCGCUGGUUCUGCCGCCGGUGGUGCUGCGGCUGGAGGGUACAGGGAGCAGCCGCAGCAGCGGCGAAGGGCGGCCAACGCGGCCACUCCCUCUGCGCCGUCUUCCGGAAGGGGCUGCAAGGAGGAUGGAUGUGACCGGCGUCCGAUCUACGCGUACAAGGGCAGCAAGAAGGCGGCGUACUGCGCAAGGCACCGGUGA